AUCACCAGAAACUGGAACGUGAAGCUCGAAUCUGCCGACUUCUAAAGCAUCCAAAUAUUGUGAGGCUCCAUGACAGUAUUUCAGAAGAGGGUUUCCAUUACCUCGUCUUUGAUCUGGUUACUGGUGGGGAGCUCUUUGAGGACAUUGUUGCCAGAGAAUACUACAGUGAAGCAGAUGCCAGCCACUGUAUUCAUCAGAUACUGGAGAGUGUGAAUCACAUUCACCAGCAUGAUAUCGUGCACAGGGACUUGAAGCCUGAGAAUUUACUACUGGCAAGUAAAUGUAAGGGUGCUGCUGUCAAACUGGCGGACUUCGGACUGGCUAUAGAAGUCCAGGGAGAGCAGCAGGCCUGGUUUGGAUUUGCUGGCACUCCAGGCUACCUCUCCCCUGAAGUCUUAAGAAAAGAUCCUUAUGGAAAACCAGUGGAUAUAUGGGCAUGUGGAGUGAUUCUGUACAUAUUACUAGUGGGGUACCCUCCCUUUUGGGAUGAAGAUCAGCACAAACUCUAUCAGCAGAUCAAAGCCGGAGCCUAUGACUUCCCAUCCCCUGAGUGGGACACUGUGACACCUGAAGCAAAGAAUUUGAUCAACCAGAUGCUAACAAUAAACCCAGCCAAGCGCAUCACAGCUGACCAGGCUCUCAAACAUCCAUGGGUCUGCCAACGAUCCACUGUUGCUUCAAUGAUGCACAGACAGGAGACUGUGGAAUGCUUGAGGAAGUUCAAUGCUAGAAGGAAGCUAAAGGGUGCGAUCCUCACAACGAUGCUCGUGUCUCGGAAUUUUUCAGGUAAGUUCUCACUGUUCACAUCCCUUCCUUGGUUUUGUUUUGUGUGA